AUGGAGCAGGCGGAUAGAGAGACCCUACAGAGGAACAACAAUGCCCUCUCAAAUGACAUGGACUUUGAAAGCGUGGCCUCGGGCCUUGUCGCCCGAGGCAUCUUUGAAGAACAGUACAAAGAGUGGUUAGACUCACGGCUCAACCAGAGGGAGAAGAAUAUGUUGCUCUUAAUGGAGAUAGAGACGAGGGGUCCGAGGGCCUUCACUAGCCUAGUAGAUUCCCUGAUCGAGGCCAACCAAGAACAUUUAGCAGAGUUGCUAGGAUACGUACCGUCGUCUGGAAGUUCACAGGGCCAGAUGGGCCAGGCACAGGCUAAGACAGCUCAUGAGAACAGACCGGCUCCAUUUGGUCAACCAACCCAGCAAGUGCCCGAGGGUUGGCCUCCCAGAGAUAGCAAUGGUGACUACAGCUCAACUCAGAUGGGUGUCUUAACCUCGUAUUCACAAAUGGAUAGUGAUACGGUCUACAGAAUGAAAUCUAGACCUAGAGGUAUAGCGCUCAUCAUCAACAACAAAAAUUUCGAGACCAUGGAAGUGAGGGCAGGAACAGACGUAGACUGUCGCAACUUAGAGAAUGUCUUCAAACAGCUUGGCUUCGAUGUAAUUGUACACAAUGAUGUCAAAGGAGGGGUUAUUCGGCAGGUGAUUGAGCAGCUAAGAAAACACAACCACUCCCAGUUCGACUGCUUCAUAUUCACAAUACUCACCCAUGGGGAAGAGGGCAAAGUUUAUGGCACUGACGGGUGUCUGGUGAGGAUACAAGACAUAAUUGGUCGAUUUAGUUCUGAUCUAUGUCCGACUUUGAAUGGAAAGCCCAAGCUCUUCUUCGUACAAGCAUGUCGAGGAGGUAAGUCAAAAGUCAUAUCCGCAUCAGUGGUCCAAAGAGGCUGCCACCCAGUUGUUACGUUUGUCCAGCCCAAGUCAGACGGCUCUGGCAUGAUUCUUGGCCAAUGUCUAGUUUCAACACAUCUGCCACAUGCAGUAGACGAGUGUCAGCCUCCUCGUGCGAGCAUGGGGCAAGGCCUGCCCAGUGUGACUCAGCACGAGAGCAGAAGACACGACGAAGGAGUACAAGCAACGGACGGUAUUACUGAAACCGCAGGUGACACUCAGGUCAUGUCGCAGAUGGAUGCAGUCAAGCUGGAGGAGAUGACGCUUAUAAUGGAACCAAAUUCCACCGAUAGCGUUGCAUACGGUCGUAAGGUGCCUAGUCGAAGCGACAUGCUCAUUGCAUAUGCAACUGUGACAGAAUUCGUGUCUUGGAGGGACACAAACAGAGGGAGCUGGUUUAUCCAAGCUUUGACAGAAGUUUUCCUACAUCAUGCGAAAGAUGAGGAUCUUCUUUCGAUGAUGACCAUGGUCAAUGACAAAGUAGCAAGAGCUUUCGAAUCUGCCACCGACAGGCAUAAGCAGAUGCCAGCCCCCGUCACCAUGCUUAGAAAGAAGCUCUUCUUCUUCCCAGGACAUUAUGAGUAA